AUGGGGGGUAUUAACAACAUCAAUAGAAGAGAUGUCAUUAGGAAGAAGGUGAAACAGUGGAAAACAACAAUUCUAGUUCUUAAAGAAACAAAAAUUCAAGAGUGUAAUAAGGUUUUAGCUAAACAAAUUUGGGAUAAGAGAAGUGUUAAAUGGGUUGAUGCUCCUUCAGAAGGGAGAUCAGGGGGUAUUUUAUGUUUUUGGGAUGAGGAUAAAUUAGUUGUGGAGGAGGUGGUAAUUGGUAUUCAUUCAAUUAGCUUGAGAUGCAAAUUCAUUAACUCCGAUUUCACUUGGAUGUUCACUGGGGUUUAUGGUCCUGCAAAUCCAUUAGAUCGAAAAGAUUUGUGGAGAGAAUUAGAAGAGAUCAGAAGUUUAUGGCAAUUGCCAUGGGUGUUAGGAGGGGAUUUUAAUAAAAUUAGGUUUAUGCAUGAGAGAACUUCAGAAACUGAAAUUUCUACUGGCAUGAGACGCUUCAAUAGAUUCAUUGUUAAGUAUGAUUUGGUGGAUUUACCACUUAAUGGGGAUUCCUUUACCUGGAACAACAAAAAUCAAGUAAAUAACAUUAGAAGCAGAAUCGACAGAAUUGUCGUUUCUAGUGAUUGGGAAGAGAAGUUUCCGGCAGUGAUUCAAAUUGCUCUCCCAAUACCUUGUUCCGACCAUUGCCCGGUGGCUCCAAUUCGUGAAGGUUCAGCAGGCUUUAUUUUCGCUAAGAAGAUUCAAAUUUUAAAGUUUAAACUCAAGACUUGGAGCAAGAUAGAGUUUGGGGAUGUGGACAGAAAACUAGAAGAUUUGGAAGAAGAGUUUAUGCAUUUGGAUAUGGAGGAGGAAACUAAUGGUGGUUUGACUGAAGAACAAUGUGACAAGAGAGUCUUGGUUCAGCAAAAUUAUUGUAGUAUUAUUGGUUUGGUGGCUGAAAAAUGGAGGGCUAGAAGUAGAGUGGAUUUUCUUCAAAAUAAUGAUAAGAACACUAAGUUGUUUCACAAGAUUGCCUCCGACAGAAGAAGAAACCACAUCAAUAAAAUCAAAGUAGAUGGUAGAAUGACUCAAGAGGAUAAGGAAAUCAAAAAAGGAAUUGUCAAUCACUUUAAGAAGAUAUUUCAAGAUAAACCUCUUGGCAGACCAGUUAUGGGUGACCUGAAAUUUAUCAAGAUCGAUGAAGAUAUGAAGCAAUUCCUGGAGCAGUCAAUUUCCGAGAAUGAAGUAUAUAAUGCUAUUAAAGCCCUGGGGAAAACUAAAGCCUCAGGGACAGAUGGUUUUCAAGUUCUGUUUUACCUGAAGGUUUGGGAGAUUAUUAAGUUUGACUUUAUGAAAGUUAUACAUGAAUUGCAAGAGUCAGGUGUUUUGGAUUGGAGAUUCAAGAAUACUUUAUAA